AUGGGCACCAAAAAAAUCCCUCGCGAGCAUCCCCGCAAGCUCAACAUCCUCCAUAUGCUCCGUCCCACGCUUGCGCUCCUCCAUGACAUCCACGACACUCUCAAGAAUCUGCGGUGUCCUGCAGCCGAGCAUACCCGUGGUGAGCACGAGGGCGUGCAUGUUGGUGAGGUCGUGCAGCAGUCAUGGGCUCGUGAAGAACGUAUAUACUAUAGAGCCGUGCAGAGGUCAGGUCGCGCUCGCGCAGGCGAGCGACUCCGUGCGCGGGAUGGCAAAGAGCUGGAGAUUUUGGAUGGCGAGCGUUACCCCGCGCCGACACAGGCCAUGUUCGACAGAAUCCGCACUGCGCCCGCCGACCUCGGACUCACGGACGUGUACAAUGGCUUGCAGGCUCUGGAGGAACCAGCUGCAAUACGCACGCAGCCUCCCAUGGAGGCUGAGAUGGUCGUCCUUGCGACAAAUCGACAUGUUAGCGGCAAUGUUUGGGAAGAGGAGGAAGGGAUGUACGAGCUGCAGUCAACGCCGUCGAUGAUCGCGGCACGCAUGGCACCGCCCGUGUAG